AAGCACACAUGGCCGAAAUGGGAUAAGAAGAGAUCACGAGAUAUGUAAUCCUUAAAAAGAGACGACAUGUUCAAAGUUAUAGGAGUUCUGACAGGCCACAGUCUGAUAGGGCGCCACGCAGAAAGACUAGGGGCUCCCUACAGAAGAUGCUGCAGAAGCUGCAAGGAGGAUGAAGAGGAAGAAACCAUCACCCAUCACUUAUUCGACUAUGGUGCAUUAAGCAGGGUGAGGUUUCGAAAUUUUGGGACCCUACUGCUGGAUGGUCUAUCGAAGAUAGCUGACAUCAAAGUCAUGGAUCUAAUGGGGUUCAUUAGAGAAUCAAAAUGGAUGGAGGAUUAAUCCUGAUGGUUCAAGUUUCUGUGGUAUCAUAAUGGGUCUAAGUCAGGCCUAAUUAAAUCCGCUCUGUUAGAUCGGUAGCCACCGCAACCUUUCCUAACGUAACAUAUCAGUUUAGUUCCAAAAUAGAAAUUAUCUGUUUUCUUUUCUUUUCUUUUCUUUUCUUUUCUUUUCAUCCUUUAAAUAUACAGUGGCCGCGAAACGCUUAUGUAAUUUUGGUAUCAUUCGUUUGCAAGGGCCAGACCGUUCUUGAAGGGAUGCAUAUUUUUCUGCCUCGAAUAUUCAGCUGUGUGUUUGCUGGAAGGAAAUUCGCUUUGAAUGUAUGCCUGUUUCUUCUCAGCUGACAGUUUUGCUGCUGACAAUUGAGAAAAUUAACUGGUUCCAUAAACAAAUCAUGGAUUUCGACAGUCCAGAUGUAGAGAAAGAUUUUCCAGGUCUGUAUGCUUCUGAAGGAGGAGAUGGAAAAUCGAAAAAAAGUAAAGAAGAUAGCGAUUAUAGUGAAGGCGAUCAUGACAAAGUGAGUAAGAAGGAUUUGCUUAUCGGUAGACGAAAAGAUAAGAAAGACAAGGGUAAAGAUCGUGGCUAUGCUGCACUAGAGGGGGAGAGUUCUCCGGAGGAGGACUUAGAUGCGAAGAGUCCAUCAAAGUCAAAAAAGUCAAAAACAUUUAAAUUUACCUCGUCAAAAAGUAAGGAAAAGCGGGAGAAGUCACGUGAUAAAGAUAAGUCCGAGAAAGAAUCGCGUGAGGACGAAAAGCCAAAGGAAAAGGAGAAAACUGAGAAGGAAAAAGACUUGAAGAAAAAAGAUAAAGAACGCAAAGAAAAAGAAAAGAAAGAUAAAUCCAAAGACAAGGAUAAGGAUAAGGACAAAAAAGACAAAAAAGCUAAACAAAUUAGUAUCGCUUCAGAGGAAGUACUGGAAUUGGGCGAUGUCCAACCUGUUUUUGGCGUGUCCAUCAGUCUAGCCAUUGAACGAAGUCGUUGUCAUGAUGGUGUUGAUUUACCGCUUGUUGUGCGUGAUUGUAUUGAUUAUCUUCAGGAGCAUGCGUUAAAAAAUGAUCAAAUAUAUAAAGUUGAACCCUUGAAAACACGAAUUCAGCAUUAUAAGCGGCUAUAUAACAAUAGAGAACGCCAACCAGAUUCUGAUGAAUUAGAUACUCCAACGGCAUGUUCGUUAUUAAAAUUAUUUUUACGUGAAUUACCUGAACCGAUUUUGACAACAGAUCUGGUAUCUCGUUUUGAGGAAGCCGCAGCAAUCAACACUAUAAAUAAACAACAAGAAGAGUUAAAACAAUUGCUUGAGUUACUACCUAGUUGCAACAGAACUCUUCUUACAUGGAUAAUUCUGCACUUUGACUCAGUUGUACAGAAUGGAAAACAUAAUAAACUAACCACAGAAUCAUUGGCCAUGCUGUUAAGUCCGCCGAUGCAAAUGUCUCACCGAUUACUAGUAGCACUUUUAUCUCAUUGUGGAAUAUUGUUUACAAAUAUUUCACUUAUCAAAUAUGUACCACCGAUAACACCAUCUAGUCCAAAACUCCCAGAUAACCCGGAUGAUAUACAAAUAGAGCUACGAAAACAGGAAAGCUUACUAACUCAAAUCCAUGCAGAAAUGAAUGCUGGGUUUGUCUCGAAAAAGCGUGAAGAACAGCUGUGGGAAGUGCAACGCAUUAUUACACAGCUUAAGCGAAAAUUACGUAGUUUUGAGAAACGCCAAGAGAAGUCUAUUGAAGAAUCACAAACAUUAAAUGCGUGUGCAAUAUCAAGUGUCAGCGACAUUACAGAUUCUAAGUUAACACUUCAUCAGCCACAAAAUAGAGCUGUUGAGAAAACUAAUGGUUCCAUAAAUUUAACCACAAACAUUCCUCUGGUGGCAGAAGAUAUCUCAAAGCAGUCCAAUGCAGAAUCGGAAAACAAUUCGUUGUCCAAAGAUAAUAGAGUACAUGUACAAACUCCAGUAUUGCCAGAAGAACUCGAAAAUAAUACUCAUACAGACCACUCGCCGCUCGCUGUUGACGGCUCACAUCCGGAUGGAUUUUAUAUUGACGAAAAGUUAUCAUUUUUAAUGGUGCCGAAGACGCAUCCAGAUUAUACGCAACUAUUGCGUUUGCAAAUAGAAAAUAAAGAAUUGCUUGCAUGGAAGGCACAACUACAAGCACGUAUAACUUCAGAACGCGCAGAAGUGUUGCGAUUGAAACAACAGCUUUCUGCAGUAGCGGCUAAAAGUAGUAAUAAUGCUUCGGCAGCAGGUGUAACUACGGAGGACGUUGCUGGUGGUGGCGUUGUCGAUUAUGAAAAGAUAAUAGAGCAUUAUAUACGGGAAAAUACCUUAUUGGAACACAAAAAAGAAAUACUUGCAAAAGAGUUAUUCGAAGAGCGACGUGAAUGUAUUACAAUGCAAGUGGAGCUCACACUGCAAAACUUCUAAUUUAUAACAAGUAUUAAUAUAUCAUAGGAAAAUGAUUAUAAGUAUGUAUUAUAAUGAUAUGUAGAUGCAAAUUAUGCUUAUAUAUAUGAUAUUAAAACAAAUGUUUAACAAUUCUAAAUAUAAAUUUAAGUCUGAAACAGAGCAAAACCAGUAAGAUUAUCAAAAUCCACUUUUUGAUUAGUUGUGCUCCAUUUCCGAAAAUUUCGCCUCAUUACAAUUAAAGAAAAUCAAUGAAUUUUGUAAGACUUGAUUUCUGUUACUAUAAAACUAAUAAGGAAAUACUAGUAACGGUUAUUAAGUUUUCAGGUGAAAAAUUUAUAUUUCUCCUAGACUUUAUUCAGACGCUCUGCCUAAAAGAUACUCGGAAUUAAAAGUUCCAAAAACUUUAUUAUUUGUAUUUAUCAAGUGCAUUAUUGAGAUUAUUGUAACUGCUUAGUUAUAGACUUACUGUUAAAAUAUUAAUAAAUUUUCAUGUUUCAUCAGAC